AUGACUCAAGCUCUAAGCAUUGAUGAGGGACAAAGCGCGAGUGUAGUGAUAGAUCACAUAGGAAGGAGGGUUGUCACCGUUGGUCGUGGCCGGAGGUGGUUGAUAAAUGAAGCAAGACGCAGAGGAAGGAUGGAUAGAGCAAGGUUGCAAUCACACUGUCACAGCCACUCACAAGUCACAGGCUCACAACCUCACAGGGUCGACUCAUUAGAACCUGAACCCCAAAACCCCAUUCCAUCGUUUCGAAUUCUCCCUAGGUUCUCUCUUCCCCUACCCAAACUCAGAAAGCUCUCUCCCAGACACUCGGAAAGCUCAUAUCUAACCUCUGUUCAGUGCCGUGUUCCCAUCCGUCGCUCCGAUCUCGAUUUCUGCCUUGUUCAAUUUCGCAAUUCCCGCCAGCUAUUUCUGCCCAGAUUGAGUUGCGUCGCACAGUGCGCAAAUCCUGUUAGCUUCGACGAUCUCCUCUUGGAUUUGCGCCGUCAGUUCGUCUUCCAGCUAGGUCCGUCGCUUGCACCGCUUCUUCUCGUGUCCGUGCAUCCUCCAGUCCUCCUCAGCAUCGUUUCGUCUUCCUGCAUUUGUGGCCGAAGCUGUUCGGUCCGGCAAGAAAAGUAUUGGAGAGAAAUUUCAUGGACUGUAAUCGACCUUGUACAUUUUUUAGAUCAAAAUUUAAGAAGUGAGGGUUUCGAUCACAGGAAAGAAACAAAGAAGAUGACAUCACUUGGAUCCUUGGUCCUAAGGCUUCCUGCAUCUCCUUCAAGGACCCCUUCAGGUGGUACACUAAUGACCAUGACUGCUUUGUUGCUAGCGAUCCGUCUGGAAAGAAGAUCAAUGCAGUUGAACAGCAUAUCAAGAACUUUCUCAGUCCAUCCACUUCCUUUUUUUUCAACACCCUACAUGAUCCUUUCUGUGAGGGUGCAGAUUUGUGGCUACCCUUUCAGUCUCUAUGAAGGUGUUCUAAGUGCUGUUUCUCAUGGCCUCUAGCUUAACAUCCCAGAUUAUGAUGCACCUACACAGCUUGUGAAACCUCUUGAGAGGAACAAUAGGUACAUGGAUGCGGUUUUGACUUUUGACCAUACCAAAGGGAACUCUAUUCCCCAUGUGUGGAAUGAACAUGGCAUUUGAUCGUGAGCUUAUUGGACCUGCCAUGUACUUUGGUCUCAUGGGUGACUCUUAAUUUGAUUUCAAUGUGAUUGUAGAUUGUAGAUUUUAAGGAUGGUGGGAUUGUCAACAUAUUAUUUGCCAUUCCUUUUCUAAUUAUUCAUCUAAUCAAGUGUGGCUCUAUAUGAUAUUAAAGAAAAUAAGAAAGGAUUUGCUUAUGCUUAUUGUUGACAUUUUUGUUAAAUAUUAUUGUGAUCUUGAGGCACCAAACUUGUUUGAACUAUUUUGAAUCCUUGGAACUAUCUUGAGUUACAAUUUUAAUAUGCGGGUUACAACUCUAUCCAAAAUAGUUCUAACUAUUCAGUGGCUUUGUCUCAAUCAUCUUCAUCAAUUAACAGCUCAUGUCUUCAAGUAUGUGUAAUAGCUUAUUUCAUUUAUUAAAGUCAUUAUUAACUAAUGGAGUUUUGGGCUUUAGGGAACAUCCUAUUGUUACAUGAGCUCCUUUCCUUUCUCCCCUCGU